AUGGGCUGCCACGGGACUGGCGCGUGCGAUUGCUGUGGCGGCGGAGGCUCGUCGACGGCAAGCAACAAUGGCAACAACGACGCGCCACAACGACCACCACCGCAACACCAACAGCAAACCGAUAGCGCUAACAACAGUCCGCAGCGCCGGGGUCAACAAGCACAGCAGCAGGAACAGCAACAGUCAGAGCCACCGCCGCAUGUACUUGGUGCUGCUGCUGCCUUGCAUUUGCGGCGCGAACGCGAUCCACCACAGCUGCCCCCACUGCCAAUUGCGCCAAUUAUGCCGCCGCGCCCACCGCCUGCACAACAACAGCAGCAGCAGCAACCGCUACACCGUUUGGGCGUGCCUGCCGUGGCCAUAAUUGCACCGCGCGGCAGUCGCCAUUUGCAAUCGCAGGAUUUGCAGAACAACAAUAAUAACAACAACUUGGUUGGUGGCGGCGGAAGCGAUGCCGCCCGAACUCAACACGCCAGCAUCGCGCACUAUAUCAAUCAGGUGAAUUUGCAUAUGAAUCUCACCAACAACAACAACACCAGCAGCACCGGCGGCGCGGGCAACAACAAGAAUAAUAGGCUCAGCGUAAGCGCAACCACCAGCAGUGGCCAGCACAUGUACAACAACAACAACAAUCACAUUUAUGUAAAUCCGCACUCGUACGAUAUGCAAACGACAGGCGGCGCUACAGGGCGCGUACAACAAGCCAACAACAACAAAGCUACCACCACCAUGAAUAACAACAAUGUCAACAGCAGCAGCAGCAACACACACUCAAACACGAAUAACAGCAACACGAGUACCUCGCAACGCACCACCGCCACCGGUUCGACAGCGGUCGCUCUGCCACCGACAUCCUCCCACUCGCACGCGCACUCAGCGUCACAGACGCAGCUACCGCCACAAAUCACCACCACCGGCGUCGGACCGCCCGGCUUCGAUUGGCAUUUCACAAACGGCAGCAGCACCGCUGCCGGCACAUUUGGUGGCUUUGAACUAACGCGCCAGUUCACCUCCUCCACCUUGAGCACACUUAAUACAUAUCUAUUUCCCUGCGGCGCUGAUUCGGCUGGCACCAUUGGUGGCGCCACGCUGAACAGCGGCAGCGGCUCCUGCGACUUGGACAGCAAUUUUAGUCAAAUGGUCGCCGGCAGCGAAGGCGGCGCUAGCUCCACCUUCAGCUCGGGUCUGGGUUUCAUCAAUAAGCGUCGCAUACGCCGCCUUUUUGGCGUUAGCACACCCGAUCAUCGCUGCUUGGGGCCACAUGCUGCCGCUGUACGCCGACGGAGCUCACCGUUGGUGCAUUUUCAAACCGCUGCCUUGGCGAAGAAGAAGCAGCAACAGAUGGAGCGUGAAGCGACUGUUGCUUCAGCGAAUGCGGCACUCUUUGAGCAGAAGAAGAAAAAGAAAGAGAAGAAGAAGACGCCUGGGCCGCCGCCACAGGUACGCGCGCAGGCAUCGCGCCAAAUGGAAGAUCCGAUGAUGAAUCGGCCACGGAGCAAAAAUACGAGCGGUAAGAAAGAUAAGGAGAAGGAGCAAUUGGAAUUUCAAUUGAAGAUCUUACAACAACUGCAACAACAACAAAUGCAGAAACAACAGCAACAAGAUGUGGAGGCGGAAUUGGAUUAUACAUACUAUGAGAAG